AAGCUCGGUCCAUCCAGCUGCUCUCAACCAUCACUCGCACGACAAGCUCGACAUACCUUCCAAUCAGCAUUCCAAAGUUUCGAAAGCACAGUCAAGAAACUGUCUGCUGAUGAUGCAUACCUCUUCAGGAUUACUGGUCUGCAGGAUGUGCGAGAUGCAGCAAAAGACAUCGAGAGGCAACUUGCGGCUAGGCAGUGCCUUCGUAACAUGAAGCGGAUACAGCCCUUGCUAGAUGGGCUCGAAAGAUAUUCUAAAGUCGUUGAAGUCUUAUGCAAUGGUACCCCUUAUUUGCCUUGGAUAUGGGCGCCCAUCAAACUCAUGCUACAGUUGGCAUCUGAUUUCACUACAGCGUUUGAAAGACUCAUUUCCGCAUAUUCCCAGAUUGCAGAGAAUCUAUCUCGUUUCGAUCGCUUAAGCCAAGCUUUUGGAGGGAAUCCUGAAUUCCAGCAGGUACUCGCCGUAGUUUACGCAGAUAUCUUGGAGUUCCAUCGUCGUGCCUAUAAGUUCUUCCGAAAACCUUCAUGGAAAUGCUUCUUUCUUUCAUCAUGGGGAAGAUUCGAUAACCGCUUCAAAUACAUACUUGAAAGCCUUGCGCGACAUUCAGACUUGGUCGAUCGGGAGGCUAAUGCACUAUCAAUCGCAGAAGCGAGAGAGUGGAGAGAACGGACGACUCGAGAAGCGAAAAAGCGAGAGACUGAAAUGGCCGCGGCUCAGUAUCGGCACGUUCUGAGCUGGCUUGGAGAUCGAACCGCCGACCAAGAUGCACAAGAUGAACAGGACAACCGGCUUGAUCAACUCUUGGGUUCCUGCUACCCAAAUACGGCUGAGUGGAUCCUAACUAGAUCACCCGUGAAGAACUGGCUCAGAACACAAGGGAACAAGCCCACACUGUGGCUCAAAGGAAAGCCGGGCUCUGGUAAGAGUGUGCUUUGCUCUAAGCUGAUCCAAUUCCUCCGAAAAGACGGUCAAUCUAGCGUUCUCUUUUAUUUCUGUAGCUACGCGAGCGCUACGUCCAAACAAUCGACUAGGAUACUAAAGUCCUUUGCUAUUCAAAUAUUGCGCCGGCAUCAAAACCUCUCAUCUUACGUGUAUGAUGAGUAUGUUCUCUCGGGCCAAACACCGUCCAUGCAGGCGCUCAAAAGUCUACUGCCAAAUCUACUUUCCUCAAUUCGGGGCCCUCGGAUGGUUAUUGAUGGACUAGACGAAUGCCUGGACUCGGAACAAAAGGAAGUCUUGAAAGAUAUUUUGGCAUUCUCAUCGAAUGUUGCGUACGGAUCUUGUCCAGUGCUUAUUGUCAGUAGAGACGUUAGGCAUAUUAACGCAAUGCUGUCAAAAAAACCCUCGCUUUCCCUAAACAAUGAGGAAAGUGCCGUCAAUGCUGCCAUUGGCUCCUUUACCAAACAACGGCUCUUGGAGAUGCAAACUAGGUUUCAGGAACUUGACAUAGAUAGGAGCACCAUGGAAGAUUUCGAAAAACAAAUUGUAGACAAAGCUAAAGGCAUGUUCCUUUGGGUUCGACUUGUCCUUGAUAUUUUGGAAGAUGAUGUAUAUAACGCAAACGAGCUAAAGACAGCAAUCGAUGCACUUCCAGCGGGCCUGACAGAGUUUUACGAACGAAUCAUACUCCUAGUGAAACGCUUUAGUCCUCAAAAUUACGACAAGGCUGUUCGAAUCCUUGAAUGGAUUACCUUUGCAAAGCGCGCCCCAAAGAAGUUCGAAGUCCAAGAUGCUGUAGCACUCACCGCAAAUAAUAAUAUUCUAAGCGAGGAUACGAAAUUGCCAGAAACAGUCCUGCAUCUUUGCAGACCCCUCGUUGAAGACGGACCAGAUAACACAAUCGUAUUUGUUCACUUCACGGUUUAUGAAUACUUUCUGCAUGAAUCGAGUGGGCCAUUUUUGCACAGAGAGAGCGCGGAGUAUAAUUUGACGCUCUCCUGCGUCACUUACAUGCUCCAAGGAAUGAGUUUGAUCAAUUCUCGCCUGUCCGAGGAAGAGCGUACCGUAAAUGUCGGCAAAGGGUUUCAUGGCUUGCAUCUAUACGCUGUCGAAUACUGGCUGGAGCACCUUCUUGAUUAUGCCCAAGCUCGACAAGUCAUGCGCGUCUCAGAUCCAGCCAU